AUGUCGAACAAAAGCUUUCGGCACGUAAUCAAGGCCGGUGGCUCUGCCCUGGAGGCAGCCACGCGGCCGAGCUUUUCACAGCAAAGAUGCUUCUCAAUCUCGGCAGCAAAGCAAGCCGGCCAUGUUAUUACCUUCUCUCCGACCUCAUCGCCCGAGCUGGAUAGUGUGCUGGACACUAUCCGCCACAAGAUUCUCCUACCGACCUAUAUCCGCCCAGAGCAGCGCAAGAAGAUCUUCCGCCCGCGGUAUGCCAAAGAGCUGAAGAGCAAUCCCAUCACCAUGGAGAUUGAUGGCGAGGUGAUCAAGUUCUACGGCAUGGACCCGACGAAGGGCGACAUCCCCAACACGCGCAAGAUCCUCUUCGAGGCGAUCGACAAGAUGGUGACACGCGAGGACUGGAGCAACCUGCCGCAUCUACUCGAGGGCCUGUACUACAACGCCAACCGGAAACUGCUCCCCGAGGACUACCCCAAGAUGACGAGGAAGGCCGGCGUGAAGGGUCAGACAUACACCAUCAUUGAGUGCGCGCGGCAGGUCAAGAAGACUGGCUUCCGGCUCGACACGUCCGAGAAGGUGCAGGAGCUCCUGUCCUGGGUGCAGCUGAUGGCCAUCGAUGCCGAGAUGGAUCCCGAGGUCACCAAGAAGGCCUUGACGUGGUCGGAGUUGGUGCUGGAGAUGCUCGAGGACAAGCAACACCAGCCGAAGAGAAAGGACGAGGUCUUUCUGAAGAGGUUUCCCCUCAACCGGGAUCCCCAAAUCCUCUCGGUGCCUCUCUUUUUGUCCGCUUCUCUGGCUGCCAGCCAGCCCGGUGAUGAGGAGAUCAUUGAGAAGGUGACCAAGUAUGCCAAGGACAUUGUCAACCUCUGGCCAGCUGACAAGGGGCUUAUGGAGUUGCACCCGGCUGAGUCAUAUGAGGAUAAGUGUGGAGUGCAGUACCUUGUUUUGAAGAACAAGCUGUUAACCGACAUUGGCGAAGGAACUGGAGUCAAGGAGUAA